UGCUGCCCACACGCUCUCCUGUCCCCCUGCCCGCCUGGCCAGGGCCCGGCCGCUGGCCCGUGGAUGAGCCACAGGACCUCCUCCACCUUCAGAGCGGAGAGAAGCUUCCAUUCCUCCUCGUCCUCAUCCUCGUCCUCAUCCUCGUCCUCCUCAGCCUCCCGUGCCCUCCCAGCCCAGGACCCGCCCAUGGAGAAAGCCCUGAGCAUGUUUUCCGAGGAUUUUGGCAGCUUCAUGCGGCCCCACUCGGAGCCCCUGGCCUUCCCAGCUCACAACAGCCUUCCCCUCAUAGCCCGUCCCGGGGGGCCGGGCAACAUCAAGACCCUCGGGGAUGCCUACGAGUUUGCAGUGGAUGUGAGUGACUUCUCACCUGAAGACAUCAUUGUGACCACCUCCAACAACCACAUCGAGGUGCGGGCUGAGAAGCUGGCAGCUGACGGCACGGUCAUGAACACCUUCGCUCACAAGUGCCAGCUGCCCGAGGACGUGGAUCCCACCUCGGUGACCUCCGCCCUGAGGGAGGACGGCAGCCUCACCGUCCGGGCCCGGCGCCACCUGCACACGGAGCACGGCCAGCAGACCUUCCGGACAGAGAUCAAAAUCUGA